UCGCACAUCCACAGCUCAGGCCCCGGAAUGAGGGCUCUGUUCAUGUCGUAGAAAGUCAGAACGGGCGACCCGAAGUCCGUGAGGAGCAAACCGUCCCGUGGCUAAGGGAAGACGGCAUCCAAGUCUGCACCCCCUGAGUCACUUUCCUCGCCCUAAAUCCAGCCCUGCCGGGAGUCUCCCACUCCCAGCCUCCCUGCCCUUGGGCAAGUCCCCUGAAAUCCCCUGGGGCUGCUUGGCUCUUUCCAGCUGGGGUGGGGGAGGUGGGAAUGUGGCCCUUCCCCGGGGUUUCCUUGAGUGUCCAGGGAAAGCACGGCAUCUGGAGGGGCUCAGCCUGUCCCUUGGCGUCCCUGUGGCUCAGAGAAGGUCCCACAGGUGGGGCUGCUUCCCCAGGGCCCUGUAUGUCUCUGUCUCUGUGGCCUGGAGUGUGGAGUGCUGGCCAGGGUGGGUCCCCACCCCUGCGGCCACCGGGCGGUGAGUAAAGGGGUGAUUUUUGUGUCCUGCCUGCGCCUCUCUUCAAACUGUGUCUCUCUGUCUCUUUGUCUCUCUUCCGUUUCUGCUGCUGGCUCCCAGGCUCCCGUCUCUGUCUCUGUCCCCCUUCCUCUGUGUCGCUGUGUCGCUACCGCACUCGUCUUGCUCAUCCUUCACCCUGUCCUCUCCCCCCUCCCGGGGUUUCCCCCGUCCUUGUCCUCCUGCAGCCGGAAGGAAGGACUUACAGUCAGACUGUUGUGGGAAAGGCCACGGGGACGCCACUUCUCUCUUUCGAGGCCUCCUCUCCCACCCCCGUCCCCAGGGUCCCCAGAACCCUGCGCCCAGCCACGACAGGUGAAGGGACCAGGGCUCCUUGGCCGCCCCCGCUCAGCUCUCCGCCGGCUCCGCAAACCGGCCAGGGAGUCAGACCCCGGCAAGGGGAAGUGGAGGCUUUGACCCGGCGGGGGCUGUGCUUCCCCCUCGGGUGGGACCCGCGUUCCCCUGGCUCCCCGAGGAGCUCCCUGCCCCAGCUCCUGACAGCACAGCCCGUGGACUCAUGGUCUCAAGACUUCUGGUGCUCGCCCUCUGGGUGGGCGGCUUACCCUGCAGUGGGAGAGAAGCAGUGCCCCCCCAGCCCAGGGUGAGGUGCCGGGCCUCUAGGUACCCAGUCGCUGUGGAUUGCUCCUGGACCCUGCCGCCCGCUCCGCACUCCGCCGCGCCCACGUCCUUCAUUGCCACGUACAGGCUUGGCGUGGCUGCCCACGGGGAGAGCAGGCCCUGCCUCCAGCCGACCCCUGAAGCCACCAGCUGCAUCAUCCCGGACGUCCAGAUGUUCUCCAUGGUGCCUUAUAUACUCAACGUCACGACGCUUCAGCCCUGGCCCAGCAGCAGCUUUGUGCCCUUCGUUCCAGAGCAUAUCAUUAAACCGGACCCUCCAGAAGGCGUCCGCCUGAGCCCCCUCCCCGGGCAGCGGCUGUGGGUGCAGUGGGAACCCCCCCGGUCCUGGCCCUUCCCGGAGAUCUUCGCACUCAAGUACAGAAUCCGGUAUAAGCAUCACAGAUCGCCCCGCUUCCGCCAGGUAGGGCCUAUUGAAGCCACAUCCUUCACCCUUAGGGUUGUGAGACCCCAAGCCAGGUACUGCAUCCAGGUGGCUGCUCAGGACCUUACCGACUACGGGGAAAUGAGUGACUGGAGUCUCCCUGCUGCUGCCUCCAAGCCCAUGGGCAAAUAGUGGGGCUUCCCAGCCCCCACCCCGCCCAGAAGACGGGCUGAGUCCUUGAUGUCCGCCCCCAACUGCCACCCACUCAAGAACGGAUGGGACCCAACCGGCCUGGGUUCGCUGCUGCCGGGUUGCUGGGCAACUUUCAACAAAUGACU